GUUAUUGUCAGCUUACUGAACAAUGAGGAAGCUUCACACAGUCAGGCUGAAUUUCAGAUGUAGUCCAAUGAGGCAAGGCAUUUGAACGAAACAGAAAUCCCUACGAACGCUAAGAACGGACUCUCAAACAGGACCGAGUGUUCAGAGUUGGAAAUCACAGAAGAAUAGAGAAGAAAGAGAACGUAAGCAUUGGAGAUGCUGUCCUCCUUGAAGAUGCUGUUCUCCUUGAUGAUCACCCUCCUCAUCUUCGGAAUCUUGUUUAAUACCCUCAUCUCCGAUGUUAGACCUUCACCUCCACCUUUACCUCCCGCUCUGAAAAUCCCGAGCCCCCCUAAAGGAUGUAAAGGAUGCAGCGAUGUUAGACCUUCACCUCCACCUCUUCCUUUACCUCCCGCUCUGAAAAUCCCGAGCCCCCCUAAAGGAUGUAAAGGAUGCAGCGAUGUGAGACCUUCACCUCCACCUGUUCCUUUACCUCCCGCUCUGAAAAUCCCGUCCCCCCCUAAAGGAUGUAAAGGAUGCAGGGGACCACUUAUCGAGAAAGUGAUGGCACGACAUUCUCAGACAUGGAAAAAGCAGCAAGAAAACUCUACAAAGUUCAGGUACUAA